AUGCCGUCCAAACUUGCCGCCUGGUACCGGCGGAUAUCCGACUUCAACGUCGAGAAGCUUUUUUCUCGACGCAAAGGGCCCGGCCCCCCGCGCACCGUAUUCGUCAACCAGCCACUGCCCGACGCGUACUUCGACCCCAAGAAGCCGACCAAAGUCCUCAACGAGCACGUAUACCGCUCCAACCAGGUCAUCACAUCCAAGUACACCGUCAUCACCUUUCUCCCCCGCAACCUGCUCGAGCAAUUCCGCCGGAUAGCCAACAUCUUCUUCCUCGGCAUCGCCAUCCUCCAGUUCUUCCCCAUCUUCUCCACCGUCUCUCCCGGCCUCGUCAUCCUCCCCCUGCUCAUCGUGCUGUCUAUCACUGGCCUAAAGGAUGCCUAUGAGGACAUAAAACGUCACCAGUCAGACCGAGCUGUCAACUACUCCCAGGUACGGGUCCUGACAGGCGGCGGGUUCACGAACGAGAACGCCACAGCGGGCAAGGCCAAGACGUUCGUGCGCGCGAUGGUGCCCAAGUUCCGCAGGAGGAAGGCAAAGAGGGCGCACCCGACCGCGGCCGUCGAGCAGCUCGAGCACGGCGCUCCGCCCGAAGGCUUCCACACCGACGGCGCCGAUCUCGAGACCAUCCCCACCCGGACGGUGGCACACGAGGACGACGAGGGCGAGGAGCUGCCGGACGAGGAGGCGGGCGGUCUGUUCCGUCAUCAUGGUGCGUCUGCCCGUCCGCACUGGAAAAUGACGAUCUGGGAGGACCUGCGGGUGGGGGACAUCGUCAAGAUCGACGAGGACGAGCCGUUCCCCGCCGACAUCCUCAUAUGCUCCACCUCCGAGGAGGAGAACGUCGCGUUUGUCGAGACCAAGAACCUCGACGGCGAGACGAACCUCAAGAGCCGGAGCGCGUGCCCCGCGCUGACGCACCUCAACUCCGCACGCGUCUGCGCGGCCAAGGAGAACGCCUUCCACGUCGAGUGCGACCGCCCGGACACGAAUCUGUACAAGCUGCACGCCGCGGUCAUCUCCUCGGACGGGCAGCGCUCGGCCGUGGACACGAACAUGGUCUUCCUGCGCGGCACCGUCCUUCGCAACACCCAGUGGGCCAUCGGCGUCGUGCUCUUCACUGGGGAGGACACCAAGAUCGUGCUAAACUCGGGCGCGACGCCUAGCAAACGCAGCCGGGUCGAGCGCCAGAUGAACCCGCAGGUUUUCAUCAACCUCCUGAUCCUUGCGCUUAUGGGCAUUACUUGCGGCAUCGUCGACUCCGUGCUCGAGCAGCGCUAUUUCUCCCUCGGCGCCCCUUGGCUGUACGGCGACAACCAGAGCGACAACAACCCGCGCAUCAAUGGCCUCAUCACCGCCGUCUUCGCGCUCAUCACGUUCCAGAACAUCGUCCCCAUUUCCCUCUACAUCUCUAUCGAGGGUGUGAGGACAUGUCAGGCGCUCUUCAUAUACUUCGACAAGGAGAUCUAUUACGAGAAGACCGGCCAGGCGACGCUCGCCCGCUCCUGGAACUUGUCUGACGACCUUGGCCAGAUAGAGUACAUCUUCUCGGACAAGACCGGCACGCUGACCCAGAACGUGAUGCUCUUCCGCCAGUGCACGAUUGCGGGACAUGUCUACCGCGGCGAGGCGUCCACCACCGAGCCCGACAUCCCCGCCCCAGCCGCCGACGAAUCUUCGAGCUCGAGCGGGAACACCGCACGCGAGAAGCAGCCCACCGGCUCGCCAAAGCAGUCGACCUCUUCGUCGACCGCCGAGGUCAGCGCCCCAGCCGCCGAACGCGCGACCACCCGUUUCCGCGACACCGAGCUCGAGGCGGACAUCACCGCGGCGCAGCGCUCGCCAUCUGGGUCGCCCGCCGCCGCGCACGGACGCAUGCUCAACGGCUUCUGGACCGUCCUCGCGCUCUGCCACACCGCGCUCGUCUCCGUCGACCCGGACUCGGGCGCGAUGCAGUACAAGGCGCAGAGCCCGGACGAGGCCGCGCUCGUGCAGGCCGCCGCGGACGCCGGGUUCGUCUUCCGCGGGCGCGAGCGCGACGUGCUCACGCUCCAGUCGCCGUUCGCGCGCGACGAGAGCGGGCUGGAGCAGUUUGAGCUGCUCAACAUCCUCGACUUCACGAGCGCGCGGAAGCGGAUGAGCGUCAUCCUGCGCAAGCUCGGGGACGAACGCGAGAGCGACGGGAAGGUGUUCCUGCUCGCCAAGGGCGCGGACAACGUGAUCAUCGAGCGGCUGAGCAAGGGCCAGGGGCAGGAGGUGCAGACGACGGAGGACCACCUCGCCGAGUUCGCGAGCGAGGGUCUCCGGACGCUCACUUUGGCGUACAAGGUCAUCGCUGGUACGUCUCUGGUGGCUGCAUGCGCGAUCCUUGAGCUGACUAGGCCGACUUAUGCAGAGGAGGAAUACGAGAGCUGGGCCGUUCGCUACAAUGAGGCCAUUUCAUCUCUGGAUAACCGUGAUGAGAAGGUCGAGGCCGUCUCAGACGAGAUCGAACAUGACCUGAAGCUCCUCGGCGCGACUGCCAUCGAGGAUAGCCUACAAGACGGCGUUCCGGAGGCUAUCGCGGACCUCAAGGAAGCUGACAUUAAAAUCUGGGUUCUCACCGGUGACAAACUUGAGACCGCCAUUGCCAUCGGCCACAGCACGAACCUGAUCGGACGCCAGGACAACAUCAUCAUCAUCCGCGGCGGGCACCAAGACACGACGCCGGUGUACGCGCAGAUGCUGAACGCCGUGCAGGAGUUCUUCCCGGAAUCAGGCAUCCUCCAGGACGACGACGUGCGGCUGGACCAGCUACCCGACGUGCAGGCGAACGGCCUCCCGCUCCAGCGCGUCAACUCGGGCGUUUCGUCUCUCGUCGGACAGGGCAACGGCCAGCGGCCGGGCGGCUUCGUCCUAGUCAUCGACGGUGCCGCGCUCACCCACGCGUUCGCGGAUGAAGCGAACAAGAGCCUCCUGCUCAAGCUCGCGAUGCAGUGCGAGGGCGUGAUCUGCUGCCGCGUCUCGCCGCUGCAGAAGGCGCUCGUCGUGAAGCUCGUCAAAGACGGCGUCGGCGCGAUGACGCUCGCGAUUGGCGACGGCGCCAAUGACGUGAGCAUGAUCCAGGCCGCGGACGUCGGCGUCGGCAUCUCGGGCGAGGAGGGUCUCCAGGCCGUUAACUCCUCCGAUUACGCGAUCGCCCAGUUCCGGUUCCUGAAGCGGCUCUUGCUGGUCCACGGGCAUUGGUCGUACGCCCGGAACGGGAACAUGAUUGUCAACUUCUUCUACAAGAACGUCGUUUGCAUUGGGGUCCUUUGGUGGUUUAUGUUUUAUUGCGCCUGGAGCAGUCAAUACGUCUUCGAGUACACUUAUCUUUUGUUCUGGAACACUUUCUGGACGAUCGCGCCCGUCAUCGGCAUCGGCCUCUUCGAUCGUAUCGUCGACGAUCAAGUCCUCAUGGCGCUCCCGGAGAUGUACAAGCACAGCAAGAAGCACGAUUACUUUGGCACUAAGUUGUUCCUUAUUUAUAUGUUCGAAGCGGUCGUACAGUCGGCGGUUGUCUUUUUCCUAAUCCUUUAUACGUACGACGUCACCACCUCUCGCACAGACGGCUACAGCGUUUACCAGUACGAGUUUUCGACGACCAUGGUGAUUGGUGCAGUCAUGACCGCGUGUUUGUUCAACGGCUUGAACACGCAUGUAUGGACUGCCUGGAUCUUCUUCGCCGUUUCUUUCGGUAUUGUGCUUGUCUGGGCGUACACUGCCGUCUACUCGAUCAUUUCCCCCGGCUGGUUCUCGACACCGGUCUUCGGCAACGACCACUACCUGUUCCGAUCUGCGCUCUUCUGGCUGUCUCUCCCUCUGGUGAUCAUCAUCGCAUGCCUGCCCCGCUACCUCUGGAAAGCGUACAGGUUCGCGGUCAACCCUGGUGACAUGGACGUGGCGCGCUGGAUCAGGAAGCAAGACCCGACCCACGACUUCUCCAAGGACAAGAACGGCGGCCUCGCGCACCUCAAGCGUGCCCCCACGCGCGACGAGAUCCGCAACAGCCUCUGCCAGCGCCCGUCCGCCUUCCACGCCAGCCGGACGGACAUGGUCACCGGCAUUUCCUCCGUCCACCGCGGGUUCGACUUCGCGACCGAAGAAUGCGGCGUUGCCAUGCAGCGCAUGCAGUCCCACCUCUCCGAGCGGCAAAUGCAGACCCCACCGCGGGAGAAGAAGACGCGGGGGCGCAGGAAGGGGAUGCACAUGCACCCCUUCUCCAUCUCGCGCUCCAUCCGCCGCAAGCGCCCGCCGGUCGCCGCCGGCACGGAGGUCGUCGCUUGCGAGCCGAACUCGGUCGCCGCCACCUGCGGGCAGGUCAUAGCCUGA